AUGGUCAACCCGACUUACCCGCCCGAGUCCAAGGCUGAACCCUUGUCUGCGGCCGCGGCGGCUAGCUUUCAAGCACGCGACGGUACCUCGAAAUCGUUCGCCUCGGUACUGCUCCCCGAGACUCGGACGAUUUCUGUUGCGUUUCCAGCGUCCACAUUGCAGUUGACCGGUCUUGUCGGCCUGACCGCAGCAUUGGACCAUAUGCAAACCAGUUACAUGCACCACCCAGCCACUUCACAAUGCACCAUCCCCGCCUCCCCCAAAAGCUUCGCCAGUAGCAUCCUCCCCGAUGGCUCUGGCAGGCCCCCGCUGCGUCUUGUAGCACCUUCCACGCAGUCGUCGCCUUGCAAAAUAGUGACGACGACUCACCCCACAAUCCAGUGGGAAUGGCUAGCCCAUUCACUGGAAACACAUCCGUCUGCCUGGUCUUCCCUCGCCGCGACGAGCCACGCCGCCCGCGCCGCCACCGACGCCAUCCAGACCAUCCUUGUCGCCAUGCUGUACAUGGCAAGUGCUUUGGGCUCACCCUAG